UGAAGAAGUUUUGCUCGGACAAUAUGAUGGCUACACUGAUGACUGAACAGUUCCAGACAACCCAAAUACUCCCACUUUUGCAACUAUGAUUCUGCGAAUUCACAAUGAAAGAUGGGAAGGUGUUCCGUUUAUACUCAAGGCAGGGAAAGCAUUAACUUCUAGGAAGGCAGAAAUCCGUAUUCAAUUUAAAACCGUUCCUGGUGAUAUAUUCAAAUGUCAAAAGCAAGGAAGGAAUGAAAGUGUAAUCCGUCUGCAACCUUCAGAGUCCAUUUACAUGAAGGUUACGGUGGUAUGUGAUUGUUCACAGUAUCUGCUUCAAACAUCGCAUUAAUGUUUGCUGCUAAAACUUUUGAGUCCUUUGGUUAUGAAACUCAGUUUACAUUAUAGAGAUUGUUCUUUGUUUUGCCCGUGUGUGCUUUCUUGUCAUAGGUUCUUUGACUAGGGCAUGAACAAAUUCACAAUGUUUUAAUUUUUUUGGUAUGGACUGACACAGUAGUUUGAGAUAAUAUGUGGA